GAGCUUGAUCGCUACCUCUACACAGUGGCAUGGAUUGCUCCCCUCUACAUGGAGGCCAAGGCAGCCUUGCUUAUGCUGGAUCAGAAGCAUGACGGACGGUUUGGAGUGUCUCGGGGCGAUGAUUACGUGUUCCAUGCGGGCAGCAUGUGCGGGCACAAUAUUAUCAUCGCUACAUUACCCGCUGGCCAGGAGUAUGGCACUGGGUCAGCAGCAGCUCUCGCUAGCCAAGUGCGGAAGUUCUUUCCGAAUCUCUGGUUCGGGCUACUUGUUGGCGUUGCUGCUGGACUACCAAAUCUCUCCUGUCAGCCACCUCGAGACAUCAGGCUCGGAGACGUACUGGUCGCUUUACCUGAUGACAACACUGCCGGCUUGGUGGCAUAUUACUUAGGGAAGAACACGGGCGACGGCAGCUUCCAACCUCUGCGUCUCGGGCACGUUCUUGCUGAAACCGAAACGAUCGUCAGGUCUGCAAUUGGGAAGAUCCGGCUCAACGCUGUCAAUGAUGCCGAGUCGUUUCUUUCCUAUUACCAGCAAAUAAUAGGAAGGAGCCAUGGCGGUAACGAAUUCGAAGACUCUGGCCAAAAAUAUGAUGUACUCCACGAGUUCAAUGAGCACGGGAUUAAGUGCAGAGUCGAGAGGAAGUCUCGGUCACAUCAGGAACGCACCAGGGUUUGGUAUGGCCCAAUAGGCUCAGGCGAAAAGCUGAUGAGAAACUCUCAACAGAGAGAUGAGCUCAGGGACAGAUUCAACAUCAUAGGACUUGAGAUGGAAGCGGCUGGCACGAUGAAUCGUAUACCUGUUGGUGUCAUUCGUGGCGUUUGCGAUUAUGGGGACGAGCACAAAAACAAGUAAUGGCAACCGUACGCUGCCGCUAUGGCAGCAGCAUACGCGAAGGCCGUUCUCCAAGAAAUACUUCCCAGCACGCCAGAUGCGGUGUUCUUUUCUCAUGUCGGCGAUAUUCCGAAUGACUCGAACAGAGGUAGUGAUGCAAUACAACAAGACCAUUUUUUGAGCCGACAUUUCAGUUCCAUGCAGGCUGGAUCUGCAAAAAGACAUCAUAUUAACGACGACGAGC